AUGGCAACACUUCAAGCAAGACAGAAUACGUUCGUUGAUCCUGAUACUGGGGAGGUAUUCUAUACCAAUGGACACGGCUUCUGGUACACUAGAGAAGGAAAUAUUGUAAGGUGGAGCGUCUUCUUCGGUAUCCUGUUCUUGUUUCUUGGGUAUAUGGUUGGGGGUUACUGGCAUGCGAAAAAGAGAAUUAAUAAGGGUCUCAAACCUCUGGCAUACCAUCGGUGGCUUCUGAACCGACAGCAACGAGCUCGAUACGAUCCAGCAUACCAGAACCCAUCCGCAUACUACCAUCAAUACCCACCACAACAGUAUGGAAUGCAGCCAUAUGGCGGAGCCCCUCCACCUGUAUAUGAUCCAAACUCAGCCAUGCCUCCAACAUAUCAACCACCGGUUGGCGCGACAAAGGUAGACCCUACGCAGUGGAGAGCAGAGCCAACACGACGACCAGCCGAGUCUGGCGAAGCUGCUCCAGAUUAUAGCCCUCCCCCAGGACCUCCUCCAGCAACCAGAAUAGAACCAACCAACACCGGCGCCAGCAACAACCCAUACAGACUUUAG